AUGGAGAAAGGUGCCGAGGCCUCAGACUGUGACAGCGAUGAAACAGUGAUCGAAGGGUCGGUGACAGAGAACGAACCGGAAGAUGAGGAGCUUCCCUGGAGAAGGUUGCUCUUGAAUCGAGACACAACUUUUAGAUCUGAGCUCUGUUUUCAUUCUGGUGUAAAUGGAAGGCAGAAAGGAAGAAUAAUCAGAACUCAGAAUCUGACAAGAAUCACUCCCCAGACUCAUCAUGGAUCGGGUGCUCAGGAUAAAACAGCACACAGUCAAGUCCUGUUACAAACUACUAAAGAAUUCCCAGCAUUUACAAUGACAUUUCCUCACCCUGAAAUUUUAUGGAGUCACCAAAACACUGGAGGGAAUGAAGCUGAAAAUUGUGAAAAUUUACCACACUCAGAAAAGGAACUAAGAGAAAACUCAGAUUCCCCUGAAGUUAGUCUUCUCUCAGGGACUUCUCCUAUGGCAUCUGAUUUGGUUGCAUUAAAGGAGAGAUUAACAGAGCCAGUGAAGACCUUAGCAGUACCAAACACAUUUUCUGAGCCUGGAGAGGAAGUAACACAGACUAUGACAUCCAAAGAAACCAAAGAUGAAGAAAGCUCUCUUGAAACAUUUGUGUCUACUUUAGAAAAGUUACUAGAAUCACCAGAAUGUACCCAAGAAGAAAGGCUGCUUGAAAUAAUGAAUGACUUCAAUCCUCAAGAGUUGUUGAACACAUUGAGCAACUCCUUGAGUUCUGUAUCUGUCCCUUUGAAUGCCUUGUCAGCACAGGAUAGAGAUGUACUAGAAAACAAGGCUGAUGAUGCUGCAUUGCCAGCUACAUUGCUGGCAACUGUCAACACAUUGCCAGGUGCUGAUGUGGGACCCAUCUGUCAAGGACAAGAAAAAAGCAGCAGUGUUAGGAGUGGAAAUGGAUGUUCAGCAGUGCAGCCCAUCAUGUCUCAGGUAGAUGAAGAUUAUACACAAAUAGCACAGAACAUAGAAGACCCAAAACCAUUUAGAUUACAAACAUUGACUCAUGAAAAUGCCAUCUCUUAUGAGCAAAUAAACAAAAAGAAAAAUUCAGAUCCCAUGAAAAAUACCCAGGAAACUCCUCAUGUACUAAGAAGAUCAUCUAGACUGGAAAAACUGAAAGCAAGCAGAGAUGUGGUGCAUACAGAUGCUGUAUUGAAGAAGCCAGAAAGGAUUUUAUCAAAAACACUUAGCUUUGAGGAUCAAAUAAAUAGCAUAUUUACAACUGGUAAUUUCAGUAAAAGGAAGAAUAUGCAUUCAUCCAGAUUCAAGAAUGAACAGAUAAGGAAAAAUGAACAACUUAGAAAAAAGAAUGGAACAGGAGAAAUGAAAAAAAUGUGUCUUUGUACCAUAAACCGGAGAAACAUUUUCGGAGAGAAUUUACUGUAUAAAGCUGCUCUGCAUAAUGAUGUUGAUCUAGUUCGCUGUUGCAUAAAAAAUGGUGGAAAUGUCAAUCAGCCAAGUUAUGCUGGGUGGACAGCACUUCAUGAAGCUAGUGUAGGAGGAUACUAUCAAACAGUAAGUGAACUAUUAAAGGGUGGAGCAGAUGUGAAUGUCAAAGGAAAGUACCAGAUUACUCCCCUGCAUGAUGCGGUGAUGAACAGACAUUACAAGGUGGCAGAACUACUUCUUAUGAGUGGAGCUGAUCCAUUAUUUAGAAGUGACCAUGGGACAUGUGCUUUGGAUGAGGCCAAAGAUUCAUUUAUGGAGAAUCUUCUUAUGAAAUAUAUUCCUCAACAAAAAAAAUGUCACCUAUCAGCACAAAGGAACAAUACUGACCCAGCACAUGUAGAAGAUAUGUUUCAGAACAAGAAACCAAAAUUAAGUUCUAAUAAUUAUACUGAGUUUAUUUGUGAUGAAAACUUUAAUAGACAAGAACCAGGAUAUUUAGAAAUCAAUAAAGGAAGCAACAGUUUACUUAUGAAUAAAGAGUAUGUACAUGAACAUUGCCAGAAAGAUUCCAGUACCACAAAAUUUGGCAAGUGCAAUCUAAAGAGUGUGAAAGAUAGACGAACUAAUGUGUCUAAAAGAAAGGGACAAAAAAAUAGACAACAAAAAAAGACUCAAGUAGAUGAUAGAGACUGCAAUUUAAGUCAGAAAAUAGCUACUUCUUCUUUCAGGAGAAUGAAUAAAUUACUCACUCAGCAACAGCAUGCUGUCCAGACUCUCAGUAACCUUCCAGAAGAGUCAUUUGAACUUUCUACCACAACUCUAUCAAGCUUGGAAAAUGAUAUGGGUAAUAAUGAGGCUUGUUUGGUUUCCAAAAAGUCGGAUACCCAUGUCCUAGAUUCAUCAGAUAGUCAGGAAUUAGAGUCCAUUGAUCAAACUGAAGCUGCUUCUGUCUCUGAACUUUCAUCAUAUAAAGAAAUAAAAUUAUUACCUGUAACUACAGAUCAACAACUUCACACUGACCAAGAGCAAUACAGUAGCCCAUAUAAGUCCCCUGGAAAUAAUAGCUCAAAUGAAAACGAUAAGACCAUUAAUAAAUGGGAAGAUUCUUUCUUCUCCUUCAUAAUGGGACGCUUCGCUGACAGUGAUAGUGAUUGCCACACCUCGGACAAGUCCAUAGCAUCUCCAAAAGAGGGCAUGGGCCACGAUCAUCAUGAAGAGAUAAUGGCAGAUCAAGAAGUAGAUUCUCAACAGCUUCUAUCUUCUGAAAACUAUUUUUCACAAGAAAAUGACCUAAAAGUUCAUUCCCUAACUACACACCCACAAGAAGCUGUUAAUUCUUGUGAUUCAAGUAAUACAUUAAUUUCUGUACAACAUACUCCAAAUUAUAAAAACUGUAUACAUGGACCUUCUUUUGAUCACUCAUAUGCCAAAACUGAGCAAAGUUCUAUAUCUUGUACAAGACCACCUUCAACACAGAAUGUUUCACCAUUGACUGUUAGAGUAGAGCUAUUAAAAGGAUUCCAGGACUCCCUAGCCCACAGAGACUCAAGUCUUUUAGUAAAUCAAGCUGGUAUACAUAGUGUGGAAAAGAAGCAAGACACUGACAAGAAUUAUACCAAGAAGGACCCAAGCACAAGCUCUUCAAGUAACCCUUUACCAACAGUUGUUCAUUCUCAAGUAAUAGAAAUAACUAAAGCUGGAAAAAGGAGAGAAGACCUUCCAGGAAAUGAGCCCAUAAAUAAUACAGAUUUUUAUUCCACUGACAGUGUGAAUAAAGAAUUGGCCAAUUACUCACAGCUUCACCAAGGAAAGGAGAAGGAAAUUGUUCAUAAAUCAGAUGCGGAAUUAACUCAUAAUGCCAGCAAAGCAGAAAGAACUUUAAAAAGUUGUAAGGAGAAAAAGGAAAACAUUGACUCUGAAAAUCACAGUCCUUGUGAUAUCCAAGAACACAGGAAAGACCAGAAUUUCAGAAAAAGAAAAUGUUCCUUGAAAGCUCCCUGCAGCCAAGGCGUGAAUAUGACUGGAAUCAGUAAGAGGAACGCCAAAGGAGAAAGUCAGCUCCAUGUGGCUGCCAGUGGAGGAAAUCUUCCCCAAGUGAAAGUGCUAAUAGAAGCUGGAGCAGAUGUGAAUCUCAAAGAUAGUGCAGGUUGGACACCCCUUCACAAGGCAUCUAGUGGGGGAUUCGAUGAUGUAAUUACAGAGUUAUUACAAGCCGGUGCAAAUGUAAACUGUGAGACUAUAGAAGGGAUUGUGCCUUUACAUGGUGCUUCUGCGGGGAAUCACUUAAAGGCAGCUGAGAUACUCUUAGAACAUGGAGCAAACCCUAAUCAAAAAGAUCAGAAACAGAGGACUGCUUUAGAUGAAGCAGGUGAUGAAAAAAUGAAAGAACUACUAAAAUCCUAUGGUGCUAUUGAGUCGACAAAUGGAGAGAAGAGGAACUCUACAGUUCUAGUAAAAAUCCCUACUGUUCGGCCAAAAAGAUAUAAGCAGUUUAUCAGUGACAAUGACAAAGUAAUUGGUUCUCCUGUCCCCUCACAUAAAGCAAAGAAGAGUGAGAGCCUUCCUGCGCAUCAGACCAUCAGUGCCAUUCUACAAGAUAUAGAAGAGAAACAAGAAAAUUUAUUAAAGCUUGAAAUAAGAAACUCUGAAGAUGAAGAACAAUACAUUGGAAAGAUGUUAGAGAUAAAAGAAGUUAUGGAUAAUAUACUUGCUCAACAGAAAACAGAAAGGGAUGAUCUAGCUAAAAAGUACAGGGUGUCCAUGGAGUCAUUUAAGCACGGGGCCCUGAGAGAACAACUGGCUAACCUGGCCAUGAGACAAAAGAGUCUUUUAGUUGUAGCAAAGAAACAGAAAAAGAUAAGACUGAAAAUUCAAAACUAUAAGAAUGCUACACCAGUAUCUGGUGUUGGUUUAAGGAAGCUGCCAUGUAACUCAGACAUCAGUAGUGACAAGAAGAGCCAAGAGCCUGCUAGUAUGGGAAACUCAGCACGUGCCCAGUCAGGCUCGCUCACUCCUAUCAAUCUGGCUUACAGAAGCAUGCAAGAAAUACCAUUGUCUCCUGAAACAGAGAGCGAGAGCCAGAAUAUUAACAUUUGUUUAAAUGCAGAGGCAAUAAGAAGAGAAGAAUUCUCUGGAAAUGACACAAAUUCUAAACAAAAUGUCCAGGAUUGUGCCUUGGGUGGGUUAUUAAGAUCCAAACCCCCAGGUGACACUGAAAAAAUUAUGUCAUCAUCCCAACCUACUGCUCUUACUCUUCAAGCAGAAAACUCACAGGCAGAAAAUACUUUUACAGAAACUACAAUCAAAGGCUAUGGAUUUGAUAGUUCUGCACUAACUGGCACUAUAAAUAUUUCAGAAGAUAAAAGUUUAUCUUCCCCAGAUGAUGCCUGUCUAGCAGCUGUUCCUCAGAGUCGGGAGCUUUCCCGCUGUAAUCUGAAAAGAAGAAACAAGAAGACAGCUUCCCAACAACCAUCUGAGGGAGCAGCAGAGCCUCUGCCUCAGGCCACUGCUGUCUUAGACACCUCCACUGUGCAUCAGGCAAUGCCAUGUCUUAGAGACUCAGCUGCUGCUGCUUCACACGCAGAUAGCACUCAGAGCUCUCUUUCCUCUGUGUCUGCCCAUCAACAUUCUACUAAAACCGGUCCACACCACAGUACAACUCCCAGAAAAAAAACUGUGCAGCUGAAAGACUUGAUAUUACGUGGGAGAAUUAAUCCAGGAAACAACAUUCUCGAAUUUAAAACACAGGAGACUACCCACAAAGCCAGUGUUUUACUGAGUGGUAAACUUAAGGUAGAAAAUGGUCAGAUUUACCAGAACCCAGUCACCUGGCUCAAGGAUCUCCUGGGAGGUGGCAGUUAUGUGACCUGGAAUUAUGCUUGGAAUAAGGUAACAUACCUUGGAAAAGAACUUUUGAAGUAUGUUUCUGAAGAAGCUCCUAUUCCUGCAGAACUGCAGAGCACACCUCAGCACCAUCAGCCUUGCCUCUCAGCAGGUACUUCCAGAGAGUCGAUGCAAAUCAUCCCUCAUUAUCUACAGAUAAAAGAGAUACUUCUAAUCAGCGACCAGGAGCUUCUGCCAUGCCAUGUAAUGGAGCAGCAUUGGAAGUUCUAUGUGGGAUGUAAGACGCUAACAUUCUGA